AUGAAGGUCACCGCCGCGUUCGCGAUCCUUUCUGCCGCCCUCGUCGCGGCGGCCCCAAGACCACAAGACGACGACCCCGCCGCCGUGUUCGGCAUCUCGUUCACUUUUGAGAACGGCAGCUUCACCGACGUCUUGGACGUACCUGAGACGCUAUCAGGGUACCCCCUAGCCAGCAAUGGCAUCGUGACCAACGUCUUCAUCUACCCACCGGCAGGCCAGCCCGCCCGUUGCGCGUUCCUGGAGCCCGAACCCAGCAGACAGGGUCUCGGAGCCUGGACAAUUGCCCGCCCGACGACCAUCGCCCUCAAUCCUCCGGCAGAAGUGGGAUUCGUGCAGUGUAACAGAGCCUAG